AUUUUCCACGAACUUCCUCAGUUUCUCCCAGGGGAGUAGGGAAGCAAGUGUGAAAGAAGGAAAUAAAGGCACACAAAAGCAAGUCUCCUUGCCCCCUCUUCGGUCUCAGGUGGUGAGAAGCAAAAAACAGCGAGCAAGCUUCCAUUGUUCACACUCUGUAAGAUUUUCUUUACCAUAUUUCCUUGCUCUUUCUCUCUCAUACACAAUUCCUUUUAAGUUCAAGAUUUCUCGCUUUUCAAUUUCAUUUCCCAUUGUCGAUUCCCCAAACCAGCAUAUCUUGCACUUUCGCAAUCUGGGUAUUUUUUCAAAUUUCAUAUUUUUGCACACCCCACUCUUUAAUUUCGAGUAUUUUUCACAAACACUUGCUAUGCGUAACUCGAAUUAGGGUUUUCAUAAAGCCACUCUGGUCCGCACAUCUACUAUUUCUCUUGCAAAAUUAGGGGUUCUUAAGGUUUUUGGUGCCUGCCCUUUUGGUGUAAUACUUGAAGUUAGCUCUUAAAAGUUUGAAUUUUAACGAGUUUUGAAUCUUUUGAUCCUUCUUGUGUUGCUAGGGUUUUGUGGGUGUUUGUUGAAAUUAGCUUUGAGCUUACAUUUGUAGUUAGGGUUUAUGUUUGGUCUAAGUAGUAUGAGGCUGUGAAUAGGAAAAGUUAGGAUUUUUCUGGGUUUAGAAUUUUCUGGGUGGACUUGAAUCGAUUAGAUAGCUAUGUCUGCGAACAAUAAUAACCCACCUAAGAGCCUUGGGGCCUCUUCAUCGCCCUUUGGCAAUGCUGGUAUGCCCACAAACCCUUCGUUUACACAAUCACAAGCUCAAGCACAAAUUGAGGCCGCCUUUCAAAAUCAGUAUCAGCUGUCCCAAGCGCAUGCCAUUGCACAGGCACAGUCGAAAGCCUUGGCUCACGCUCAAGCUCAAGCACAAGCGACACAUGCCCAAUUCCAAGCUCAUUUACAAGCUCAGGGGCUGUCACUCAGCCAGAACCAUUCAGCUGGCAUUGGUAAUUUGGGUGGAUCUUCGCCCUCCAUGUCAAUGCCCGGUAAUUCAAGUAUUAAGCGGAUGCCCCAAAAACCCCCGAUCCGACCUCUUGGUGUUUCCCCUACACAUAUGGUUUCCCCCUUGAGACCAAUGGAGCAGUUUUCUGCCAAUCGGAGAAAGAAGCAGAAGCUUCCCGAGAAACAGUUACAAGAUAAAGUGGCAGCGAUUCUACCUGAGUCUGCUCUAUAUACCCAGCUUCUUGAAUUUGAGGCUCGUGUUGAUGCUGCUCUAGCAAGAAAGAAAGUAGACAUCCAAGAGGCCCUUAAAAGCCCACCCUGCGUGCAGAAAACUCUUCGAAUAUAUGUUUUCAACACUUUUACUAACCAGAUUCGCACCAUUCCAAAGAAGCCAAAUGCUGAGGCCCCUACUUGGACACUUAAGAUAGUUGGUAGAAUCUUGGAAGAUGGGGUAGAUCCUGAUCAGCCUGGAGUGGUCCAAAAAUCAAACCCUUUGUACCCUAAAUUCUCAUCUUUCUUCAAGAGAGUGACCAUUUCCUUGGACCAGAGACUAUAUCCUGACAACCAUGUCAUUAUGUGGGAGAAUGCUCGAACCCCUGCACCCCAUGAGGGCUUUGAGGUGAAGAGGAAAGGGGAUAAAGAGUUUAAUGUGAACAUACGCUUGGAGAUGAACUAUGUGCCUGAAAAGUUCAAGCUUUCACCAGCGUUGAUGGAAGUUCUUGGUAUUGAGGUUGAUACCCGCCCGAGAAUAAUUGGUGCAAUCUGGCAUUAUGUAAAAGCUAGAAAACUGCAGAACCCGAAUGACCCCUCUUUCUUUAAUUGUGAUCCACCUCUUCAAAGAGUUUUUGGGGAAGAAAGGAUGAAAUUCACCAUGGUUUCACAGAAGAUAUCGCAGCAUUUAUUCCCACCUCAGCCUAUACAUUUGGAGCAUAAGAUCAAGCUUUCAGGAAAUAGUCCUGCCGGAACUGCCUGUUAUGAUGUGUUGGUUGAUGUGCCUUUUCCAAUUCAGAGGGAAUUGUCUGCUCUAUUGGCUAAUGCAGAGAAGAACAAAGAAAUUGAUACCUGUGAUGAAGCAAUAUGCAGUGCUAUAAAAAAGAUCCAUGAGCACCGCCGGAGGCGAUCAUUCUUCCUUGGGUUUAGUCAAUCACCAGUGGAAUUCAUCAAUGCAUUGAUUGAAUCUCAAAGCAAGGACUUGAAACUUGUCGCUGGAGAAGCAAGUCGUAGUGCUGAAAUAGAGCGCCGGUCAGAUUUCUUCAACCAACCGUGGGUUGAAGAUGCUGUUAUCCGAUAUUUGAAUCGCAAGCCAGUUGCAGGAAGUGACGCUCCUGGAAGUAUGUGAAGAGAUUGCUUAGCUGUUUGAUGGGCCAUGUCUUUCGGCGUUUGUUUUGCUCAAUAGUUGAAGAUCAUUCUGACAUCCAUAACAGAAGUAUCACAUAUAUGAUUUGCUCUAUUGUUGGUUGUGGAGGAAGCAGCUUGCUUGUAAAAAUAGACUAUUUGUAGCUUGUUUUUUGCACUAAUAGUGCCUGUACUUGUUAUGCUUCUGAUUAGGCUUAAUGAACAAAUAUAAAAAAUACAGAUGAUGUAUUCUUUGCUGCUUCA